AUGUGGAAUGUCAGGGGUCUUUCAGCUCCUGACAAAAGACGCUUGGUAAAAAGAGCAUUGGCUAGAAGUAGCAGUGAUAUAGUUGCCUUUCAGGAAAUGAAGUUGAAUAAAGAGAAGGCGAAUAGCUUCAUCAAUUCUUGCAAAGUUUGGGAAGGCAUCUUCCAAGAAGCCACAGGGGCCGCUGUUAACAGUUUUAAGGAAAAUUUGAACUUCCCUCUAAUUAAUGUCUACGGUCCAACAAAAACAACAGAAAAAUCUAAGGUAUGGCAGGCUCUCACAAAAAAAAAUUUAGAAAUAAGGAAUGAUAAGAUAGUAGUGGUUGGCGAUUUCAACGCCCUGCUUGAUUUGGAUGAGAAAAAAGGAGGUUUGAGAAUGUCAAAUAAGAUUAUGGAAGAUUUCAGAGAUUUUGUAAUGCAAAAUCAAUUGAUGGAUGUAGUUCCAAAGAAUGGAACCUUCACCUGGAUGAACAGAAGAGGAAAUUUUGCACAUAUUUCAGAAAGACUAGAUAGACAUCUCAUUGGUGAAUCUUGGUUGGAGUCGUCUUUCUAG